AUGGCGGAUGCACUUUGCGGCCCUUCAAAUGCUCUACAGAACUUUCAGAAACAUACGUCUGUUGACCGGACCCUUCAGCAGGAUAGAAUCUCCUCGCGACAGUCUCCAGCUCAGGGCUUUCGAUCAAAUACGUCGGCUCAGGGACAACUAGAUGCAGAGUUCAAUGCCUUCGAAGCCGGAUACUCGGCUCCAUUGCUCGCAGAUCAGCCUAAUAAUAUUAACGCCUUCCUACCUCCGCCUCCCCAGUUUGCGUCUCAGCCCAGCGCAGAUGUCUCCGGCUGGGCUACCGAUUUCCAAAACCUGCACAUUGCCGGACCUCAGUUAGAACAACCACUACACCAGAUCAAAGCCGAUACACCUACAUUCCAGGCCAACUCGGCCGGCCGUCACCAUGAGCUCCCGCGUGGGGUACAGCAAACCCCACAGUCUACCAUGUUCCAAGGGGGCAUGGCCUACCGUCCUGGUAUGGGCAUGCUAGGCAAUCCCGGGUUUGCUCGGCCAGAUACCUUUACACCGGCCACCACUGAGAGCUUGCAGAGCCAGUCGAAGCCAGCAGAAGUCUUCGAUGAUUCCGCAUUUGAAGCAGCGUUUGCGGAGGCGCGCGCCGAAAUCGAGUUACAGGAGUCUGCACGACAGGAAGAGAGUUUAGCACUGCAACCAGAGGAACUAGAGCCGGCACCACUCGAGACGAUUAGAAUCGGUUCGGACAACAUACCAGCCCAACUUGAAGAAGGGGUGAACGAGUCUGAUGAGCUAUCAAAGACCGCGGGAGAGCUACUUGACCGUGUGAGCCAUGAUCAAAGCCAGAAGUUCAAGCAGAGCAACUUCCUUGCCUUGAUGAGACAACUCCGUGACCGCGAAAUUGUCGUCGACGGUGACGAGUUCCGCAAAGUGCAACAGCCUUUACAUCCCGGCGGACCCCUGUACCCGGAACAGAGCAAGCUAUCCGGAAGCCUCCCUAUAGACCUAGACUCAGGCGAGCACAAUGAAGCCAACUUAGACGAGAGCAGCCAUCAGCAGCGCGCAGAAGAAGACCGUGAUGCCAUCUACCGAAAGUUCCUUUGGAAAUCCCAGCUUAUUGAUCACCGAACUCCCAAUCCACCUGACUGUUUCUUCCGCCACGAUUUGGACAUUGACCUCCUUGGCUAG